CGGGCGACGCGCGUGCACGUCACCAUCGCGCGCGCCGCCGCUCCGCCGCCACUCCCGCCGCCUCGUACCAUUCAGUGAUAAACAAACCUUGCCGGUGCCUCCUUGUCAGACAUGCCGCGAGUUUGACUUCCCGCACGGAUACCGAGAACUGCCUUCAUGCAUUUUCGCCCACAAUCAACGCAGCACAAAUGUCAGCCAUCGCCGAACGAAGAGCGGCGAUUUUAUCAUAUUUUAGAAAAUGACUGAAGGUCUACUGUAUCAACAUGAGGACUCGAUGUGCGUACGCAUAUGGCUAGAAGUUGGACACGCUUGUGAACCAAGACACUCUGCACUCGGUCGAGCUCUGGCACUCGACUGGCGCCUGUGGGUUCGUGGGAUCAGCGGCCAUGAUAUCAGCUCAUUCGUGCACAAAGUUGUCUUCUACCUCCAUCCUCCUAGUGCAUUCGUCUAUCCUAAAAGAGUACGCCAAGAGCCGCCGUACGAAAUCCAAGAAUCCGGUUGCUCCUCUAUAGACGUACCAAUACACGUGUACCUGAAAUGCAAUAACGAGCCAAAGAUAAUUCGCCUGAGGUAUAGUCUGGUGAUAGAGAACAAUACUAAGAGUAGUUCGGAAUCCACGUGCAUAUACUACGACUUUGAAAACCCAUCGGAACAGCUGUGGAAGGCCCUAAUGAAAGGAGGCGGGGAGAUCAUCGCUCGCGCCGGCAACAUGACCCGGGGGAGCAAACUUGUCGUUCUAUCUGACAACGGCGACGACAAGUUGCAAACAAGCAUAAAAAAGAAGAAAUACAAGUUCGUGGAGCCUGUGCGUUGUAAACACGGAUCAAAAAAGAAGGCCAAACCGUAUGUAGCCGACGAGGUAUGCACGAAAUGUGGUGAUUCUGUCCAAGAAGAUUUAAAAAAACAACUACGUUCGGUGUCUAUGGCCGAAGAUGAGAUAACUCGCGUAUCAGAGUUGUACCUUUCCUACAAAGUUUAUGAGAAGUCAGUGGAAGCUCUGACGUUGCCGCCAUUAUCCGACCCAAUAUAUAAAGUGCCGGAGUUGCCGCUGUCCCUGCGGGAAGCUCUUAAAUGCGCUCCUAUCGAGAACGCGAUCUAAUGCAGUGGUUGCGUCUCGUUACAAAUAAACAUUUAAGUGUUUCGAAUUGAUUUUAAAAGUGAAAAUUGAAAAAGAAUUGUGAUAUUUAAAAGUGCCAUGAGAGACUUACAGCCAUUAUUUAUAGGUUUAUUAAAUUAAAUUUUUAUUAUCGCCAAAUGAAACGGUGUGUUAAUAUUUUUAUAGACCUAUUUACGCUAAUGUCUACAGUUGAAGAAGUUCAUGUUAAAUAUUUUUUAUUUAUUAAUUAGUGUGAAUAAAUACAAGUGCUGUGAGAAAGAUCUCAAAAGUAUUUUUAGAAUAUUUUAUGCGUUGAUACGAAUUACAUAAUUUAGGCAUGUACAAUAUGUUCAUUUUCAUGUAUACAAUAUUAAAGUAAUCAUUACAAUGUGAAGCAAAUGUUAGAGCAGGUGCUAAGGACAAAAUACAAUAUUAUAAUACUUAGCUGCUCAUUUACUUAUUAUAUUAAUUAUAAAAAGCAAAUAUCAUUGCCGGUGAGUACAUACGUAGGUACCUUAUCAAUGUGAUUAAUGUGCUAAGUAUAAUAUAUAGGUAUAUAAUGAGUAGAUAGUUAGGUUAUAAUCUUAGCUAGACAUUUUUACAGUGUUAGUACCUACGAGUAAAAAAAUUACUUAAUAAAUAGGUUGUGAAGUUUAAUGUCCAAUAUUUAGUAAUUGGAUAAUAAUUUAUUGUCAAAAAAUAGUAAAUACACAUAAUAAAUGUAAAACAACUUGAAUGUAAUACCAUUUAGAAAUAACUGAUAUAGCUAGUCUAUUUUUUUUUAACUUUAUUAAAUAAUUAAGUAUAGUUUAAAGCUCUUGUUAAAAAAUCAAUAUAUAGUCAUUAAUUAGUGCUAAAGUGAUCAAUUAUUAAUAAUAUAUCGAUUAAAUAUAAGUAUGUGAAGUGUUUGUUUAUUUUUAUUAGUAUUAACAGUACAUAUGCUUGUGAUAAAACAAUUGAUGUUAUAUUACAUACACUAUGUAAGAUAUGUAGUGUCAGUUAUAAAAAAUAUAAAUUAUAAAUGUAAAAGUGAGUUUGUUUGUUACAUUAUAGCGCCUUAAUGGCUUACUAUGAAAUUUCAUAUACAUGUAUUAUAUAGUAAAAGCUAGUAUGUUUCUAAUAAUGUGACAGUUCGCACUGAGAAGCAGUACAUAUCAAUACAGAGUUAAGCUCUAAUUAUAGCAUUACAAAAUAAGAAAAACGAAUUAGGAGCGUUCAUAAUUACGCAAAUGUAACAACGUCGCAAUUAUCAGCCAAUUUUCAAAAACAAUUUAACAAUUUUUCAAGUUUCUAACUGAUUAUUUUUUAAAUAUAGUUAUUUAUCAACGAGCUAAAAUAUUAAAUAUUGAUCUUAUUUGCUAAAAAGUUAUGUUACUGAAAAUUUGGGCUUUGAUGAUAAAAAUUUAUUUGAAAAAUUCCGAAGUAAAAUGUGAGUAGGUGUAAAGUUUUUAGUGGUUGAUUUAUAUGCAACGUGUUCAAUGACUACCAUUUUAUUUCGCUAGCACAGCAUUUUUUUUUUAAAUAAAUCAAAAACAAUGAAUUCAUUGGCACGUUACUGUACUUCGGUAAGCUGAACCAUAAACGCUGUUAAUUCUAUUUCUAUCUAUCCUUUCUCUUACCGUUUAUACCCUACUUAGAUUGUAAUAAUAAUAAAAUACCUAUUAUGUACCUACACUCAAUCCAGUGUUUCUAAUAAUUAAACACAGAAGCGAUCAUUUAUUAUAAUUAUUAAUGUAAUGUUAAACAUCCAUAAAGUGCAGCAUAUACCUAGAUAAAACUAAUUUAUAGAGAAUCUAAAUAGAUCAUGUAAUGUCUAUGGUACCUAAUUAGGUAAAUGAAAAAUAAGCAUCAGUUAUUAUGGUCUUAUCUUCUUUAUGAAAAGAUAUACCAUCUUAUAAAAAAUAAUGACAAUCUUUUGUAAGUUAUGCAUUAUUUAUUACCUACUAAAUAAAUUUAAACUUAGUAACUUUUUAAAAUAAUACGAUCAAAUGUAUGUAUGUUAAACAAAUGAUAUCUUUCAUUUACCAACUCACAUGUUGUAUUGUUGUAAACAUCAAUAUUUCUAUCAUAGUGCCUAAAUUAGGUAUCAAUAACUACCUGUAAUAAUAUUUAGAAAUGUUUCCAUUACACUCCUAUUGUUUUUUAGUUUAGGUAAAUACAAUGUCAUAGCAAUAAGAAAAUUAAAAUAUAUAAAAGAAAUGCCCUAUUUGAAAGUAAAUUCAGUAGAUCAGAAUGUCAAGUUUAUAGAUAUUUGUAAUAAAUUAAACACUACUGUAGAAGCACUUAUUUACUUAUGUUGUUUAUCUUAGACCUAUAUGGAGAGUACAUAUAUACAUAUUUGGUUGAUAUUAAUAAUAUAUAAUAUAUAUUUUGAUAAUAUUUAGUGUUAAUUAAAUCAUUGUGUGCAAUCUCGAACUCAUUCCUUAAGUUUCAUUAGAAUUACUUAGACAAUUGUAUUUUGAGACCGAACAAGUUCAAUAAUUCUCAUAAUGAAGACCAUUAAAUGUUUUAGUUAGGAAAAAUUAUAAUGUAUUGUAAAUAGUUACUUAAGGGCUUUUUUAUCUGUGAUUUUAGAAAGAGGACAUAUACGAGUUACCGAAUACGAUGUCAUGUAACUAAUGAUUCUAACGUGUUCGUGUAAUGUGUUUAUGUACGUAAUAUGUUCCCAUACUGCAAUGAUAACAUUUUAAUGUUAAUAAUAAAUAUUUAGUUAUAUUAUAGGUACCUAAUAGUUUUUAAUGAAUUCUUUUCAAUCAUAAGUUAUCUCCGAACGUAUUUAAAUUAGACAAUUGACCUAAGCAGAUAAUUGUGACAGGGUUCUAAUACAGACGUGGUAUAUACUUUUUGGAUAGAACUUCUUUUCGUGGGUUUAAGGGCGCUCAUCGACAAGAGUAUUUCAACAUAGAAACAGGGCAUUACAUCAGUAAAUACGUUUAGACAUAUUAGAGUCUAACUGAACAAAACAGACGUUACAUUACAUGAGCCUCUGGUGAAUACAAAUCCUAAUAAAAUAGGUAAUUCCCCGUAGUGUGAUUCCACAAAUGUGACUGUUAAAUUUCCUAUUCGUCCAAUAACUACUUGAAAGAUACUAGAUUAUAUUACAUAAUUCUCAUAUGAAUAUAGUCUUAGAUAAUAUAAAUUGUUCUGUGAUUUAUGUCUACGUGUCGUGUUGGUUUUAGAUAUUUUAUGUCCACUGACAAUGAUAUUAUUAUUGUCUAUUGAGAGAUCAUAAUAUAUUUACUUUUUUUUUUUAUAAAAUGCGUCAAGGUACAACAAGGUAUUGUGUGGAAUAAUUGUGUGGAAUAGUUUAUAAUACGAGUAAAAUAUAAUAUAAAUGGCUCAAUUAUUAUAAUUAUUAUUACCGUGUACUUUUAACAGAUUGAUAUACGUUAGGUAGGUACCUAACAAAAUGUUUUUUAAGUCCCAAAAGGGGUCCUAAAAUUAGGAUUCGCUCAUUUGCUGUUAUUAGUCACAUUCUAGGUACCUAAUGUGCGAAUUGUUAUUUUGUUAAACAAUAAAUUUAUUUAAUAAUGUC